GGGCACCGAACCAAUGACCGGGUCUUGCACGUUCGAAAAGCACGUAGGCGCGCGCUCACGCGGCAGCAUCGGAGCGAACGGCGACGUGAUCGCCGAGCUGCCCGUCGUAGUGCGUGCCUGCGAGAGACGCCUGAGCCGGGCUUCUCCAUGUCGCUGAUGGCUCGCGAUCGGCAAGCAGAAAAGGGCCAGGCAAGCACCGACGACGCAGCCACGCGUCACGACCAGGCUCUCGAUCCGCGAGCAGAACAGGAGAGCAGCGAUGACGCUGACGGGCGUCAAGACCAGGAAGCCGCGGAGAACGCAGCGGACCACGGCGGUCCCGCUGAAUCGGUGCACACCGAGGAGUCAGGGUCGGUCGCACAGGCCGAGGGCUCCGCUGUGGACACCGACGGUUCUCGUCAGGGCGAUGCCGCGGUGACGCUGCACCGUUCGCCGCGCUGGUACUUCAGUGGGCGCCUGAAGCUGAGAGGCCGGAACCGCGGCGCGUCCAAGCCAGCAGCAUCCAUGGCAGCGGCCGCGCUGCGCAAGCUGUUCCGCGGCGAGCGCCACCGGCUGAGCACGGGCGCCAACCACAAUGAGCCCAAGAAGAAGAGCGCCGAGGGCGGCAGCCGCCUGCUCAGCCUGUGCGCCGGAAAGGCUUCCUCCGAGCGCGGACAAGGCAAGGCGGCCCGCAAGCCAGCUGAAGGCGCCUCGCCACGUGCCCCGGGGAGCCCUGCCGCCGCCGGCGGAGGCGGCGACACAGCAGCGGACGCAGCCGUGUCCUCGUCCCGCACGGCGCGCAGCCCCCGCAACCGCGUGGCGCCCUGUUCCCAGCAGGCGGCCGUCCGAGCGCGCCGUCUGAUGCGCGAGCUCCAGGAGAUCCGGCGACAGCAGACCCGCGGCCAGCAGCCUUCCUUCACCGUGGACCUAGUCGAGGACAACCUCUACGAGUGGCAUGUGCGCCUCUACCAGGUGGAUCCGGAGAGCCCGCUGUGGCGCGACAUGCAGGAGUCGGGCGUGUCGUGCGUCCAGCUGAGCGUCUCCUUCCCGGAGAACUUCCCGUUCGCGCCCCCGUUCGUGCGCGUGCUGGCACCGCACAUCGAGCGCGGUUUCGUCAUGGAAGGCGGCGCCAUCUGCAUGGAGCUGCUCACUCCACGGGGAUGGGCGUCUGCUUACACGGUCGAGGCCAUUCUCGUCCAGGUGGCCGCGUCGCUGUCCAAGGGCCAGGCCCGCAUCGCCACCAAACCAGGCAAACAGUUCAACAGGAAGCUGGCCGAGUCCUCUUUCCGCAGCCUGGUCAAGACUCACGACAAGUACGGGUGGGUGACGCCCCCGCUGGCCGACGGCUGAGCUGGAAGCAGAGCGCCUCAGCCCGGAGCUCGCCCGUGCACGGGUUUGCAGGUGGAUGACGAUGGGUGCUACUCAGACAUUGCCAACGAGGAGCUGUUUGCUGUAUCGUUUUUUUUUUUUCUCUUUUUUUUCGUCCAGUGAUCCCCGGCUACGCAUCAGUGGUACCGCGUCUUCAUUUUGCAUUGUUCAAAAAAAGGAAGUGUCUCUGUGCCACCUUUCUUUGUGCGAAAGCCCGUUUCUUUUCUCGUAUUCCCGCGAGCUUAUCACCGGCGUGUUCUAGGCGUAGUCUGCCACCGCCUGUUGGCGGCUGUCUGUCCUGAGUGGUUGCACGACUGCCCUCUGGGCGGUUGUAGCGAAGACGGUGUAGAAACGUCGCGGCUGCUGCACCUCGGUUUCGCUCAAUAUUUGUACUAUCUCAGCGAAGGCGCUUGCCACCGCGGCCAAUUUCUCUGCCCCUUGCCUAAUCGCCCUACCCCAGGUGUUACACGUAGAUAAGCAGGGACCUUUUUUCUUCGAAUGUCAGCCAUUGUCCACGUGGUUGUAGCUCUAAGCACAUUACUUAUUUCAGUACUGCGACUCUGUCGAAAUGUAUCGUUUAGAACGUAUACAGGCAAUCCAAGUGAGGGAAGAAAAACGAAAGGACGUCGUCACUGCCGCUUACAAAUUACGGCCAACUUGCGGAUAGCGACUAGUCCCGACAACCAUAUAUGUACGCGACCCGAAGAGAUCCUUGAAGUUGAGUUGUGAUUUGAAAACAAGCGAGCGUAUUUUAAUACCGGGCAGCAAGUCCACUGGCAAGCCGUUUGCCAGCCGCCAGAAACUGCGGAGAGCCCCCGGAACGCAAUCAUUCCAGCUGUGCUUCCGCUUGCUGCAUAAUGAUGCGCUACAUGCGAAUGUUUACACACGAGACUAGGUAAUGUAUCGGAGAUAAUGUUUGAGCGAAUCUUUCGGUAUGUAGUGAACGAGUGUGUAAUGUUCACGUGUUUGUCGGAAUUUUACUCCGUACGUGACCUCGCAAUGUGAGAAGUUAGCGACGGAACGUCGGAGGCUGUGAUUACGAGCGUGGCUCGCUUCGUUAUUUGACCGACACGAUGCGCAUCUCUGCAUGCUCGAAAGGACCGCGCCGGAUGUAACAGCGCGAGCACGACAUGCAUUCGUGGUACGGCUUUAUUCGCGCGUGGGCCAGCCUCGACGAGGCUGAAUGCGCUGUUCGGGAUAGGCACUCCGUGAAAAGAAAAAGGAACACAUUGGCGUUCGUAUUUCCGCUUGCACGCAUGGGCACCCGAACAUGCGUUUGUAUGUCUUGGCCUGGUCGAAACCACGCAUUCGGAGUUGAGUCGAGGUAAAAUCGACGACUCUCGCACAGCGCGGACGAAGCGGAUGCAAAGCGCAGGCCCACGCUCUCGUGCGAGUACGCACCUCACACCUCAUUGUCUGUAGCCCAGCAGCGCCCUCAUUAGCUAUCGUCCCGCCAUCCUUCGUGGUGCAGUGGCCUGCGAGACCGCCCGUACGACGAGUCUCGGAAGCCAUGGUGGCACAGCGGAGCGGCUGUAGCGGAGAGGCUGUGAGGCUUCCGAGUGACACACCUAAGGAACGCCAACCUCACUCGCGGGCGGCUGCAAUUUUUCCCUUUUGUUUACUGAGCCAGAGACGCUCUUACUCGCUGCUCUCUCACUCGUCGCGUGCAAGAGGACCCACGCAGUGACGCACCGUCGUCUGUGUGCUGAGAGGUAUUAUUGACAGAAAAGCAAAUACUCACCACGUAGAAGACUUGUUCUGCUGUACCGUGUAAAUACUGAGAGAAUGAAUGACGUAUUGAAGUGUCUCACUAUCGAGUGCUUGAAUAAAGGAAAUUUGUUGAACGA